AUGGAAGUGAAAAUUGUAUUGCUAAGCUGUGCCCUCCUGGCCAUAUGCCUUUCAUAUCUGCCUAAGAGCGAUGCAGUGGCAUGCAACGAUGCUGGCCUUCCCGAAAGCUGCACUGACUGUUCAGACCCCGAUUAUGUGGAUUAUACCGACUGUGUAUUAGAUCCAGUUCCAACAUUAGCUCCAGAGACAACUGCGGCGCCAACAGUAACUGACCCGCCAGCCGACGGAGCCACAACAGCAGCUGCAGCCGCAGCUGGCAAGAAGACAAGGAGGAAGCGCAAGUGGAGGGUGGUCAGGAGGCCUGGCAAGACUGUCAUCAAGAGGCGCCGCAAUAAAAACAAAAAACUACAGAAAUGGUCCCUCAAAGGCUUUUAG